AUGUCCUUCCGUAAUCUAUUUGAUUCUGAUACAACGUUGCAACUGGUGAACCUCUAUUUGAAUGACACGUCCGUAAAGGAGUCCAACUAUGCGAUUGCUAGCCUCGGGAUUAGUAGUUUCUUCCUCAUCUCUUUCAUGGUUUAUGUGACGGCGUUCAUUGGAUUCUGGCUGACAGAACGAUUUCGAAACGCUUGCACGGAUUGUACAAAAAAAGAAGAAGAAUCCAAUGAGGUGAAUGGAAUAUCCAAACCACAAGUGGAUGAGAUGACAUACUCUUCCACAAACACUCCCAAUACGCCAUAUUACAGUGGACUGAAAAAGAGUCACACUUCUGAUGGCAUGAAGACUUCAAAAAUUAAUCGAAAUCAAAAGAUAAUGUUUAUUCUGGUGUUAGUGCUGGUUGUGGUUCAAUGUUUUGCCUUAACAAGUCGUAUGAUCAGUGAUAGCAUGAAUCUUACCAUGAAAGAAAUGUCACUCAGUGAACUGAAUGAAAGUACUGUCAUUGCAUUUUAUGUAUUUAGUUGUGCAGAGUUAGGAUUAACAUUUGGGAACAUGAUCACAACUGUCAUGAUCAUGUGUUUUGUUCAACAUGUAUUUUUAAUUACAUGUCACAAAGUGAAGGCGAUUUCUGACAAGACAUUUAGAGGAUUGAAUAUUUCAUUGAAUAUUUUCAAUGUCAUUUACUUUCUUCUCUCGAGUGGAAUUAUUAUUACCAUCUCCAUUGGCUUGUUCCUUUUAAAGCUUAAUAUUGGUAGAGAUUUCCUUCUCACCAUCUACAUUAUGUGUUUUGUAAUUAACAGCUCCAUGAUUAUUUUGGAAACUGUAUUAUUCAACAUUUUUGGUUACCUUGUCAUUCGAACCAUCAAUAGACAGAGUACAAAAACUCAAAGAGAUCAAAACAAGCUGUGUGCAAAGAGAAAACACUUUGCCAAACUCAUUGUUCUGCAAGGAGCUUUAUCCUUUUGUGCUCUGUUGCAGUUAUUGGCUGUCAUAUUCCAAUCCAGUGCAAAGGCCUCAAAAACUCAUGGACUAGAAUUGGCCUAUUACUUUGUGAACUCGUUUGGUAUUUUGAGUUUUGCUGUGGUUGUUCUUCUUCUUUAUAAUCCUUUAUUCAAUUAUCCUGCAAAUAAGAUGAAAUUUGAGGAUGUAGCAGAUUACGUGAAGGAAAUGCUACAAAUUGAACCCACAACCCCAACAUCACCUUACUCUCCUAAAAACAGUGCAAGAACAGACUCGGCACGAAAUGCCAAUAAUUUCCUUGAGGUGCCAGGAGCCAGCGGUCAAUAUUUGAGUGUUCAUUCAGAGUCAUUUGGUGGAUCCUCUUCCUCAUUAGACAUUUCCACAAGUUGUGACAGCAGCAGUCAAAACAUGGAGGAAGUACACGAUUUGAAGAUUGUGGAUGUAAGGAUUGAAGAAGUCAAAAAAAUGUCUGAGUCAACCACACAAAUUUUUGAUUCACAACAAUAA